AUGUCGGCAAACGUGAGUCCUCCAAACACUGCUUUAGUAGCGGAAUUAUCAUUCUCGUUUCAGGAUGAAUUGACUUCUACUAUUCAAAAUGCAUUAGGAGUAGCUGUGGAGAUAGCGGUGGUUGAGAUUACAAAACUAGUCGGCCAAGUGUUGAGGGACGUGCGGGAUCAAAUGCACGAGACGCUGCUGGACAAUAAGUCCCUUAAGUUUCGCUUGCAAGCAGCCGAACUUCAAUUAUGUGCAGCGCGAGGAGAGGAACAUCAAGUACAAUCAAUAAUAGGGGAAAAAGCCAGCACCAAUAGUAGAAUCCAACAGGUUCAUCAGCAGCUGAAUUCUCUAAACGUCUCACAAAAUACAAUCAAAUCAGGAUGCGAAGGAGAGCACAGAGUUCAUGAAUCCAAUCAGUCUCUUAGUUCAACAAAUGUUGAGGAUAGGUAUGGAGAAUUUGAAUCAGAAGUUGUUGAUAACCCUGCAUUUCUUAACGAAUCGUUUUGUGAGAUCCGUGAGGAUGGUCGGGUCUGCACUCAAGAUAUUAAACCAGAUUUAUUGACUUUAAAUCAUGAAGAUGAAGCUGGUAAGUUGGGACUGUCACUCACUGCUGUUCAUUCACAUUUAACAUGUUUUGUAACUUAUUGUUUCAGCAAAGCUAUGAUGCAUGUUCUCCAUAUCAAUAUUUAUUCGCAGGGACUAAAGAAGAGGUUCUCUCAAACAUGUACUCAGACAACCAUGAAGAUUUUAACCGAGCAUGCACAGAGCCAACCACAGGAAAUGAUACAUCAAGAACCCAUGCUGACGGCCAGCCCUUCCCUGAAGGUACCAUGAAGGAUGCAGAUGUGAAGUGUCUGGUUGAGGUGAAGGUGGAGUCUGCAGACCUGGGAUGCAGUAGGAACUCUGGUCCCCAUACUGGAGGAGGAGAAGAGUAUUACUGUCCAGACGAUCUCUCCUUUGCUCAAACCAGGCUGCUGGAGGAUUGGAGGCCAGAGGCACUGCAGCUCCCACUCAGUGAUCCAGACUCAUUCACCCCCUCCACCAGCCACUCUCUAUGUAAGUCCUGCAAUAAGGACCGCUUUCCUGCACACAAAUUAAGCCUAGUCCUGGACUAAAAAAGCAAUUUCAAUAGAGAAUGUUUAGUCCCGGAUUAGCCUUAAGCUGUGUCUGGGAAACCAGCCCAAGGAGUUCUGUAGUAAAUUGGUUUUGAUCUCAUGUCAGUGAUGAUGAUAGUAUUUCAAGUGUUAAUACAUUUUCUCUUCUUUGACUUUGUAGCAGACUCCCCCACCUUCACCCCAAACAUACCAGACUUUGACAUCCUAUCGUCAUCUUCAGCUACAGGUCUCCAUGCAGGUUUUGGUAAGCAGCAGCAGUACCCACCCAGAGAGAAUGCUGGGGCUUCCACCUCUCACUCACACCAGAUGUACAGCCCUCAGACAGGUGAAGUGAAGAAUGUGGCUGCAGCACAGCAUAUCUGCAAGAUCUGUGGAGAGAAGUUCCAUUUGUCUGAGGAGCUGCGGCGACAUCGUAGUCUUAUACACCCAAAGGAUAUGAACAAGCUCCCCAAGCGCAACCUCUACCCCCCUGGGCGGAGCCCAUACCACUGCUCCCUGUGUGGUCGAGACUUCAACCGCAUGGAGCACCUGAAGAUCCAUCAGCGUAUUCAUACUGGAGAGAGGCCUUAUGCCUGCACCGUGUGCAAUGCACGCUUCCGUCACUCUUGGGCUCUCACGAGACACUUCCGUAUUCACACAGGAGAGAAGCCCUACACCUGCAGCCAGUGUGGGAAGACUUUCCGAAACUGUGGGGGGCUGCGCUUUCACCAACGCACUCACUCAAUGGGAGGGGUCGGCUGA